AUGGCAGCCGUGUGGGGUGGUAGCGCAUUCCAAGGCAGCAUCAGGUGGUGGGUGAUACGUCACAGGCUCCAUCACAGGUUUCCUGACACUGACAAUGAUCCUUACAAUGCCAAGCGUGGACUGUGGUUCUCUCAUAUGGGAUGGCUCUUUGAAACAGCUCACUACUCCAAGCUUAAAGAAAUCGAUGAUUCGGAUUUGAAUGCCGAUAAGCUGGUUGUCUUUCAGCACAAGUACUUUAAUAUCAUUGCCAUUUUCAUGUGCUUCAUAUUUCCCUCCAUUGUGGCCAAAGUUCUUUGGAAUGAUGCCAUUGGUGGUUUCCUAUAUGGAGGUGUGCUAAAGGCAGUUUUAGUCUGGCACGUCACUUUUUCUAUAAACAGUUUGGCACAUUGGAUGGGAGAUCAGCCUUACACGCUCGAUUCUACUGCCAGAGACAACUGGUGGCUAUCCGUCUUUACCGUCGGCGAAGGCAGUCACAACUUCCAUCACGCAUUCCCGAAAGACUAUCGAUGUGGAUCGGCAUUGUUGCAUUACGAUCCUGGCAAAUGGACUAUCUUCAUAUUGUAUCUCUUAAACCUGGCCACCGAUCUUCACAGGGUUACUGAUGAAGAGAUAGAAAAGGAUUCCAUCGUGGUUAGUGAACGUGUGCUCAAGAAGAGACGCCAAGCUGUUAGUUGGGGCAUCCCAGAUGAAGACCUGCCCACCCUAACUAUUCAACAAGUGCGGGACCAGUGCAAUCGAAAGGCCAUGUCGUUGAUUGUGAUUGAUGGAUAUGUCAUUGACGUUGGCGCUUUCCUUGAUGAACACCCCGGAGGUAGAAGACUCCUGGAAGAUCUUGUCGGUCAGGAUGCGACUGAGGCGUUCUAUGAACGUGCGCACAAUGAGGGAGCAAAGAUCGCAAUGAGGACGAUGGCUGUGUCGAAGUUAGUAGAGUAG